AUACCUGCAUCAAAUUACACCAAUACCAGCUUUGUUACAUUGCCUGAAGCCAAGCCAGAUAUUUUCAGAGGCAGGCUGAAGAAGAGCACUAGAUUGGAGGGGGUUUGGGGCUCCACCUCCACUCAUUUCUGGAUGGACAAAAGCUUCAUUCCUGUGGUUGUCAGACCUGUUACAUUAGAGGUGCUUCACACUCGCAGGAACUUUAUGUAAAGACCUGACCAAGAAUAAGUCCACUAUGCAUUUUCUGUCGAACCUAAGCUCAACAGCUCAGUGGAGCUCACUUCUCUCGCUGGGAUGUUUAUUUGUCACAAUCCUCUCCUCUGGAACGGUUUCAUCCCUCCAUGUCCCCCCCGUGACGACAGGCUUCCGCUCUGCCUUCUCCGCUACCAGAACCAGCAGCGUGGUGGGAGGCAAGCAGAGAGCGGUGACUUUCAACAAGCUCAUGGUCAACAUCGGAGGGGAUUUCAACCCAGACAAUGGACUCUUCCGUUGCCGCAUCCCUGGGGCUUACUACUUCUCCUUCACGGCGGGAAAGUUUCCAAAAAAGCUGCUUUCCAUCCUACUGGUGAAGAACGGGGAGGAGGUGCAGGCCAUCGCGUACGACGAUUACCGCAAGACGGGGAGGAAGGUUCAAAGCCAGAGUGUUAUGAUCAGUUUAAAGGAAAUGGACACUGUUUGGCUCCUGCUGCAGCAGAACCCUCAGUACGCCUUGUACAGCAAUGCUGGUCCUUACAUCACCUUCUCUGGUUACCUAGUUUAUCCCGACAUCCAGACAACCAAUUACAUCAGCAACCACCUCUCCCCACCAGCUCUCUCCUAUGCCGACUGCCCACCUCAGGCUGAGCUCAGGUCCCCAGGUGAUCAAACGGAGCAGCCGCGGUCGGCCUUCUCAGUGGCUCGGACAUCCACGCUCAUUGGUCAGAGCAGCAGGCAUCACGAGAAGCCGCCUCUGACCUUUGAUGUGGAGUACGUCAACAUAGGGGGCCACUUUAACAAAACCUCCGGCCUGUUCACAUGCCAGUUCCCCGGCGCGUACUUCUUUGCCUUCACCGUGGGGAAACACCCGCGCAAGGCCGUGUCGGUGAAGCUGAUGACCGGGAACGGCGAGGUGCAGGCCAUGGUGUUCGACGAGGACACUUCGAAGAGACGGGAGAUGCAGAGCCAGAGCCUGCUGCUGCUGCUCCGCAGGGGGGACAGAGUGUGGCUGUACAGCCAGCAGGACGAGCGCUACGCCGUCUACAGCAACCAGGGCAGGUACACCACGUUUUCCGGCUUCCUGGUUUAUCCUGGAGCAGAGGCGGGCCCAAGCCACCGAGACAGAACUCAGCUAUGAGGGGCUUCGCCCUCCAUGGUGUCUUUAGGAGACAGCAGCUGUUUAGUUUAAAAAAAAGAAAAAAAGCCAGCCAUUUUAAAUGUGGAUGGGUCAGAGAGAGUUUGGGAUCUGUGAUCAGCAGUUUGUUAGAGCUGGAUUGUUUGCUUUUUGUUUGUUUCCUGGUAAAUAGUUUCCUUUGAGGGGUAUCGUAUGGUGCCUGAUCACUCCAUUAGAUGGUGCUCUGACACAAUCAUGAACACUAACCAGGAAAGGCGGUUCUUGCCCUGAAGUAGCUAUUAAACAUCACGAAAAUAAAAAAGAUUGGAUGUCUGUUCCUUUGAUUUAAAAAUACAUUUAUCUUUUUAUAAUUUCUUCGUAGUAAAAUGUUAAAUGUUAUCUUUUGUGUUAAACAGAUUUCUGCAUGGUGAGAAUAGCUAUGUAAGCAAUAAAUAACUGAGAUAAACAUGUUAUGUACAAAACUUUUAUACUAUUGACUGAUCUCUAUUAAUGUUUUGUGUACUAUCUGUG